UUUUUUGCGUCCAGCCUAAACUUCCAGCCUCUUGAUUCUCUCGCUUGCACAGCUCGGCGAUUGAUCAUUCUCGCUUCGUCGCCUCGACACCAGCCUACGUAACGACUCAUAAUUGUCAUAUUCUCUCCUCGGCAACCGUGUAUUUGUGUUUGGAAUUCAAGGCGGACUAGCCCAAGCAGCAUUACCGAUCCACGACUCGCAACGAUGGGCGACUUCACCAACUUUGGGGGGACUGACGAAGAGAAUGCCGAGAUUAAGCGCCUCAAUGCCGAUGUGGAGGCGGAUCCGGACAACUUCGAGAAUUGGGAGAAACUGAUUCGCGCCUGCGAAGGCCUCGAGGGUGGCCUCAAUCGCAACUCCAGUCCCCAGGCUUUGGCGACGCUUCGCGACUCUUACGACCGCUUUCUCCUCAAGUUCCCGCUUCUCUUCGGUUACUGGAAGAAGUAUGCCGACCUGGAAUUCAACAUCUCAGGGCCCGAGUCGGCCGAAAUGGUCUAUGAAAGAGGUUGCGCUAGCAUUACCAACUCUGUCGACCUCUGGACCGAGUAUUGUUCUUUCAAGAUGGAAACAACUCACACCCCCCACCUUGUGAGAGAACUGUUUGAGCGUGCAGCUUCGCAUAUCGGGUUGGACUUCCUCUCCCACCCGUUCUGGGACAAGUACCUUGAAUACGAAACGCGGCAGGAGGCGCAGGAUAGGAUUUUUGCGAUUCUCAACCGCGUUAUCCACAUCCCGAUGCAUCAAUAUGCUCGCUACUUUGAACGCUUCCGGCAGAUGGCUCACACACGACCCCUAGAAGAACUGGUUGCGGCCGACAUGUUGGCUCGGUAUCGCGCCGAAGUGGAAGCUGAGGCCGCACAGUUUGGCGUGCAAAAGACCGAACUGGAAAUCGAGCGGGAUAUCCGGGCGAAGAUCGACGCCUCAUUCUACCUCAUCUUCCAGCGCACUCAGGAGGAGACGAGCAAGCGGUGGACGUACGAGGCCGAGAUUAAGCGGCCGUAUUUUCACGUCACAGAGCUCGAUCAUUCCCAGCUGGCCAACUGGCGGAAGUACCUCGACUUUGAGGAAGCAGAGGGCAACUAUCAGAGGAUCGUUUGCCUCUACGAGAGGUGCCUUGUCACCUGCGCCCUCUACGACGAGUUCUGGCUUCGGUACGCGAGGUGGAUGUCGGCACAGGAUAACAAGGAGGAAGAGGUGCGAAACAUUUACUUGCGCGCGACCACGCUGUUUGUUCCCAUCAGCAGACCUGGUGUCCGCCUCCAGUUUGCUUAUUUCGAGGAGAUGUGCGGCCGGGUCGACGUGGCCCGGGACAUCCAUGCGGCGAUCCUCACGAAGCUACCAGAUUGCGUCGAGGCGAUAGUCUCGUGGGCCAAUCUACAGCGGCGACAGAGCGGGCUGGAUGCAGCGAUUGAGGUGUACAAGGCUCAGAUCGACUCCCCCGUCGUUGACAUCUUCACCAAAGCCGCGUUGGUCACUGAAUGGGCGUUCCUGCUGUGGAAGGUCAAGGGCUCCGUCGAAGAAGCACGGACAGCCUUCGCCAAGAAUGUGGAGUGGUACGCCGAUAGUCGUCACUUCUGGCAGAAAUGGCUCGAGUUCGAGCUGGAGCAGCCGACCAAUGCGGAACUGGAAGCGCAGCAUGCCGAGCGGGUCAAGAAUGUCUUUGCCGAGAUGCGGACCAAAAGCCGUCUCUCGCCAGGCGUCAAGCAGGAACUCGGUCAAGUGUACCUGACCUACCUGCAACAGCGUGGGGGCAAGCAGGCCAUGAAGGAGUUCCUCCAUAUCGACCGAGAGCUCUUUGGACCCCAGUCAAUUUCCCCCAUCACCAAGGCGAAGCUGUCGAAGGAAACUGCUGGCCUUCCGGGCCUUGAUGAGGCAACCCGUGCCAAAGCGGAGAGGCGGUUCUACAACUACUACCAGUUGCAUAUGGACCCGGAUCCUAAUGCCCAAGGGCCCGCUAGCUUUGAAUAAGCCGUUUCGAAAUGAGUUCUGGCACAUGAGAGAAAGUCCGCGGUGAGCAACAGCUUUCGCCGCAUAGUCGGCCGUCCGCGUUCGGAAGAUGAGUGUCAUGC